AUGGAAAUCGAUCCGCAGCUGCAACACCGAGACGGGGACCCUCAACGGCGUUUUUACACCCCGACCCGACCGACAAUGAGCACAGGCCCGGAAUACCCAGAGCCCCCAUCCCACGCACCCCUAAAUCCCUAUCAAAACCGGGAUAUCUAUGGUGAUGGGCAUGGGCACGGGCAUGGGCACGGGGACACACACCCGUCGUUUGGUCCAGAGAGCAACCAAUCCCCAGAGUCACACGAUACACCCGGCGAUGCCAAACGGUCGCGUGCAUGCGAGCCCUGCCGACAGCUCAAAGUGCGCUGCGACCCAGACCCGGCGCACCCGGAAGGGUCAUGCAAACGGUGCGCGAAAGCGCGACGGACGUGCGUUGUGACCGCGCCGACCCGUAAGCGGCAGAAAAAGACCGACAGCCGGGUAGCGGAAUUAGAGCGGAAGAUCGAUGCCCUGACGGCGACACUGCACGCAUCACAUUCGACUAGUCCGUUGUUCUCUGGUGGAGUGGGGCAGCAAGCAUCGCCGACAGGACAGCGGGAUGAGCAGCUGGCUGGUCGGAGAUGGUUGGGUGGGGAGUCAAAGGUGGCUGGAAUCAAGCGGCAGCACACCGGCGAAGUUAAGGAUCCGUCUGGGGGCAUGCUGGCGCCGCGGUAUUCGCGGCCGGGUAGUCCCUCUGCAGAGCAGAUUCCCACCCAAGCGUCGAAGCAUUGGCGUAGACCUGUUUCUGGUGACUCUGCGCCGCCGAAACAUGACGCUGGGAAUGAGUUUGCCGAUAUGAUCGACCGGGGGAUUGUAGAUUACAAGACUGCUAGCGCGGCGUUUGAGCGAUAUAUCCAUCAGAUGGCGCCAUCGAUGCCUUUCGUUGUUUUCCCGCCGGGAACUACGAUGGGCGAGGUUCGGCGCAAUAAACCUUGUUUGUUUCUUGCCAUCAUUGGCGCUGCCAUUGGCGUUUUUAAUCCGGACGCUCAGCCUAUCCUCGUGAAUGAGGUAUAUCGCCUGCUCGCCGAGCACGUUGUUAUCAAAGGACAAAAGUCGCUUGAGCUGGUUCAGACUAUAAUGGUCUGUUCUAUCUGGUAUCUGCCACCCGAUAACUUCGAGGAACUCAAGUUCUAUUCUUUGACUCACAUGGCUGCGGUGAUGGCAAUCGAGCUUGGAUUGAACCGUCGGAUUUCCGAAAAUAGACGGGCCUUCAACAUGAUCCGCGAGCUGAUCUCUAAAAAGCCGACGAGCCCGGCGUUUGAUCCGGAGGGUCCGGAGGCAAGGCGGACAUGGGUUGGCUGUUAUUACUUAUGUGUCCAGGUGUCGGCGGCUUUGAGGAGAGUACACUUGGUCACAUGGCAGCCGUAUAUGGACGAGUGCCUUGAGAUUCUAGCAAACCACCCGGAUGCGCUACCCUCCGACCGGAAAUUGAAAUGGUGGGCAAAACUGGGAUUGAUAAUGGAGGAUGCUGGACAUCACUUCUCUGCGGAUGAUCCCGAACCCAUUACCACCUUCGCGAAUAGUAAGGUGUGGUACAAUAUGAAGGUGUUUGAGGAACGAUUAGCACAGUGGAGAGAGGAGAUCCCGCGGGAUAUUUACACAGGGCCCAUGGUUCACACAGAACAUGUCCUGAAUCUCUUUGUGCAUGGAUCUGCGAUGUGUGUAAACUUCAACAGUGGCAACAACUCUCCUCCACAGGAUGAUUUGCACAGAUCAUCCAUUGCGGCAGUCAUCGACGGACUGACUACGGCCAUCCGCUGCAUCCACGAGAGUAUGGAUGUCAUUUGUGCUAUUGAGAGUGACCGACUUAUAUGCUUGCCUACAACAACAUUAGCGCGGACAACGUUCCCCGUGGUCAGUUUGAUCAAAAUAUACUCAUUGUUCAUGUCGCCGGACAGUCGAAUCGGGCAGAUUCUCGACGUGCAGAGUCUCAAAAUUGAUUAUUACCUGGACAAAGUUAUCGCGCAUUACCGGACCGCCGCGGCGCGUGAUGGUGGCCGUGCAGCAGCGAAAUUUGGAAACAUAAUGGUCCUGUUGCGCAAUUGGUUUAUCAAAAAGCGCGACCAGGGAGAUCAUGGCCGGGAAUUGAAAGAGGCCUUUGCAAAUGGCCAGAAACCCUCGGAUCACCGGCAGACACAUCGGAACCAUGAUACCCCGAACGCGGCAUCUGCCAAAUCAAGAACGCAGAUGGCACCGGGCAUGACACCCCUCCAUUUCCUAAGCGAAGUAGCCAUGGGCGACCCAGCGCACCGAGCGAACAAUUCCAACCCUCAAUGCUCAAUAACCGAACAAUCUUAUUCCUCAAACCAUAGCCCAAGCUCAACAGCCAACCCAAUGACAACGCCGGUUCUGUCCAGUUUUGGGCCCGAGCCGCCUCAAACCAGCUGGUCAUCUGGCGCAUCAUAUCCAACCACUCUCUCGAGCUCAGACUCGAACCAGAUCGAGCCGAGGGGCUACUACCAAUCCUACCCAUCCACCGAGCUCACACAUAACUACCCAGAUCUACCGUCGAGUUCCACGCAGGCUCAGGGAUACCCGGACAUGUCCACCGUGGCUGGGAUGCAGCUUGCUCCUCCGAUGGGAAUGGCACCAGAGAUAGCCAUGGACCCCAAUUCAGGUGAAUCUUGGAUUACGUUAGGGAAUAUGAUGGACGAGGGACUAUUUACAUUCCCUUUUGAUGGGAAUUUUGGGUUGUUUUAG